UGCAAUGAACCAACGCAACGCCGCGGCACCAUCAUCAGAACGAGUCUGCAUCGUUGUCGUCUUCGUACUAGUCGAACGAAACUGAAACAAAUGUGCCGUGUUGGCUGGCAGUGCUUCGAUUGAUAGGCAGUAAUAAAAAAAAGUUCUUAGCACAUUUUCGUGAUGUCUUCAUUCUAGUCACAGAGGACGGGUGAACUCGUUUGAACAAAAACAAGAAAGCGAUUCGUGAGGGGUGGAAAAGCUAAAAACAACGCAAACUUUCCACACAAAAGUAACACUCUGCGUGUCAGUCUGCCGGAUUGGGUGGAAAAAGUGUCAGCAAAAUAAUAGCAAGAAGAGCCAGGCGUCAGCGAAAAGUGGGUACUAGGCGUUAUUUCAAGUGGAAAGUUUCAGCGGAGUUUGGUGCCGUCUAGUCAAGGUUGUCGACGACCGACGCAGUGUGAACAGAAGACGCUCUAUGUAUGAAAUAAUUCAGUUUUGUGGAGGUUCGCACAUUAGCUGUCUUGCCACGGGUGAUUAAGUACUGUGAUUGCGUUCUUCAGAGAAUAUGACAUAUUUAUGCCGCAGAAAGUAACCGAGAAGUAUCAAAUUCAAUCGGGAAAGAAAUUGCGUGUUGGGAAACAAUCUCUGGUGUGCCAUAAAGCAGUGUUUCAUUCAAAGGGUCCGUCUCCGGUUCAUUGUUGAUGUUGUGAAGCACGCAGUUAUAUAUUUUCUACUAUAUAGUGAAGUGUUAGAAGUGUUCUCCCAUUCGUUCCAUUAUAUAUCGUCCAUCAAACAUCGGCGGUGACGAAGCCCUGUUUAUAUGGUCGAGAGCCAAGCGUACGGACAUUGACGACAACGACGACGGGAAAACGUCCGAGUGAAAAGUGCAAAGUGUUACUAAAGAAGAAGCAUCGAAUCGAUAUUUUUCCAGCCUUGGGUAGAUUUCCAUCUCAGUGAUGGCCGCACAAAUGAACGACUACAACUCGAGAAAACGUUUUGCGUUCGAUAUCGAUAUGGAGAUGGAGGCGGAGGCUUCGAAGCUGAUGCUGGUUCAAGGCAAUGAAUCGCCGGGGAUCCACACGGUCAUCAGUGCCGGAGCGGGCGGAGGGCCCACUGCGCUGGCAGCAACGCUUAGUCUUUCGCAGGAGAAUCUCGCCGCAGGGUUGCCGAAUGAAAUCUCGGCCCCGUACGAGGUGCCCCAGUUUCCCAUCGAGCAGAUCGAGAACAAGCUCCAACUGCAGCGACAGCUGAACGCCAAGGUCAUGGAACAGGACCGGCACUCGGUUGCCGCCGAGAUACACCCGGACGAGCAUCUCCCGUUCGACGAGCACGACUUUGUGGCGCACUUCCAGCGCGUUUCCAUCUCCGGCGAGGACACCAGCGGUGUGCCGCUGGACGAUCUGGAGCGGGCCUCGACGCUGCUGGUCAAAGCGCUGGAGCUGCGGUUAAAAUAUAUGCGCAACUCGUACCAGUGCUUCCCGCAGACGACGGGCCGGUUCCUGAAGUCGACCCGCCCGGAGAAGUACGCCCACCAGGAGAAAAAAUCAAUCGCAGAUCAUCCAGUAAACCCACCACAUAACACCCAAUCACCGUGGUUGAUCGAAUUUCCGGAGGACUGCAACUACUCCAUCCGCUCGAAUGCCGGAGUUUUCGAAGUGUUCAGCAGCGCGGAUGCCAAAGAACCGCUCCCGUACGAGUACACCAAGCUGCCGGACUUUGUCCAGGACAUGCAGAUGAUGUGCUCGAUGAUUGCUGACGGUCCGCUGAAGUCGUUCUGCUAUCGCCGUCUUAGCUACCUCUACUCCAAGUUUCAGCUGCACGUGCUGCUGAACGAACUGCGCGAGUUGGCCUCGCAGAAGGCCGUUCCCCAUAGAGAUUUCUACAACAUCCGCAAGGUGGACACGCACAUUCACGCCGCCAGCUGCAUGAAUCAGAAGCAUUUGCUGCGCUUCAUCAAGAAAACGCUGAAGAACAACGCCGACGAAGUCGUCACGGUGACCAAGGGGGAAAAGAUGACCCUUUCCCAGGUGUUCCAAUCGAUGAAUCUGACCACUUACGACCUAACCGUGGACAUGCUGGAUGUGCACGCCGACCGGAAUACGUUCCACCGAUUCGACAAGUUCAACGCCAAGUAUAAUCCGAUCGGCGAGUCGCGGCUUCGGGAGGUGUUCCUGAAGACGGACAAUUACCUCAACGGGAAGUACUUUGCCAACAUCAUCAAAGAGGUGGCCAGCGAUUUCGAGGAGAGCAAAUACCAGAAUGCGGAGUUGCGUUUGUCGAUCUACGGCAAGUCACCGGACGAGUGGCACAAACUGGCCAAAUGGGCCAUCGAUGGUAACGUGUACUCCAACAACAUUCGCUGGCUGAUUCAGAUUCCUCGUCUUUAUGACAUCUUUAAGACCAACAAACUUAUGAACUCUUUCCAUCAAAUUUUGGAAAACGUUUUCAAGCCGCUCUUUGACGCAACGAACAAUCCCAGCCAGUAUCCGGAGCUGCACAAGUUCCUGCAGUACGUGAUCGGAUUCGACUCGGUAGAUGACGAGUCCAAGCCGGAGAAUCCUCUGUUCGACGGAGAUGUCACUACGCCCGAUCAGUGGACCGAGGACGAGAAUCCCCCGUACGCGUACUACAUUUACUACAUGUAUGCCAACAUGACCGUGCUGAAUCACUUCCGAUCGGGACGGGGCAUGAACACGUUCGUCCUGCGUCCCCAUUGUGGCGAAGCGGGCCCAGUGCAGCAUUUAGUGUGCGGCUACCUGAUGGCGGAAAACAUCUCCCACGGAUUGCUGCUCCGGAAGGUGCCGGUCCUGCAGUAUCUGUACUAUCUCGCACAAAUUGGUAUCGCCAUGUCCCCACUAUCGAACAAUUCACUCUUCUUGAACUACGACCGUAAUCCAUUCCCGGAGUAUCUGGCGCGUGGUCUGGUAGUGUCACUCUCAACGGACGACCCAUUGCAGUUUCACUACACCAAGGAACCCCUAAUGGAGGAGUACAGCAUCGCGGCCCAGGUGUGGAAGCUAAGCUCGUGCGACAUGUGCGAACUGGCCCGAAACAGUGUGCUGAUGAGUGGCUUCCCGCACAAGAUGAAGCAGCACUGGUUGGGACCGAACUAUACUCGUGAGGGGGUGGCCGGCAACGACAUUACCCGCACGAACGUGCCGGACAUCCGGGUGGCCUUCCGGUACGAAUCGCUGCUGGACGAGCUGUCCAAUAUUUUCAAGGUGAACAACGAACGUACGCUCGGGCUGGCGAUUUCGGACUAAAAUUUGGGGAUCCACAGGAUGAGAAUAGAUUGUAGGCGGAAGCAAAGUGAUGUGAAAACAAUGGCACUGAUUGUAACCUGAGAUGUUUAGUUUUUGUUUUCUAUCAAAUUUACUAUAGACUUUAUUUAUUGAUUGAGGAAUUUAUAGAACGUUGAAUCUACAUUUUACAGUGUACGUCUUAAGGACGAAGCCAUUUUUAAUCAUAAUCGUAUGUUUAUCAUGUUUCUGAAAAUAUUUAACUUAGAUCUAUAACAACUCCAUAUGUAUUAUUGUGUAUUGUGUAUCAAGUCAAAUGGCAGUUACAUAAAAUUUACUAGCAUUGAGCUCUAGGAUAUUGGUUUUACUAGUAGAUUGCACUCUUUACUGCUACUAAAUUUCAUAGGAAUACGUAAUAUACGUAACUAUUUUGGUUCAUUCAUAGUUAAUUGCCUUUAUUUCGGGGUAUUGAGCCACUCGGAUCCGGUUACCCUCCAAUACAUUUUUCGAACUAACAUUUCCUCAUGAAACUUCACUCGCCAUUUGAAUACGUUUAAAAAAAUGCCCUCAUAUGAUGUCAUGAUGGAAUGGUUCAAAAAUCGAGUAUCAGACACAGUUAACCACUCCGGGUGACUCAAUACCCGGAAUAUAGGCAACUUACUUCGAAUGAACUGAACUCGAGUGGCGAUCUCUCUUCGUUUAUGUGGUCGGGUUGGGAUCGGACGACCAACUGGCAUAACCUCACACAACCCUACUUCAUCGAGCGCAGUUGCUGAUGAAGCAAGUGUGUAGGAGCCAGACAAUACUGAAUACUCAUCCUACUUGGUUGACAUUGUACAAACAAUACAUGAGAGAGAGAGUUAGUUCUGAAAAUAGAUUGCGAGAGUUCGGCCAUACGCUAGGAGAAGAAUGAAUUCUGUCAUCAAAAGAAAAAGUAGAAUCAUGAAAAAAAAUUCACAGCGGGGUAUGGAAUGCAGCUUUCAAAAUAAUUUUCUAAAUUUCAAAUUAAAAUUUAUUUAUAAAUAAUUUAUAGCAUGAGGUUAGAAUUUUGAUUAUCUGCAUUAUACAUAUAUUAAUUUGAUUGUUAGUGACAAUAAAGUUUUUUCUUGAAUUGAUUCCGGAGAUGGUACUACUUUUAAUCUUAAUUGAAUUUCUAAUCCUGCCUAAUAAAUCAUUUUCAUAAAAAUCUCUGUUUGUAAUUUUUAAAAUUAUUUUCAAUUCCAUUGGCUAUACCUUGCCGUGUUAAAUUUCAGUGAUUCUACUUUUCCUCUGAUGACAGCGUUCAUCCACUUCUCCUCGCGUAUGUGCCCGGGGUUGCGAAUUUAGUUUCAUCAGUACCCGCAAAGCUGCGUAGGACGACGAAGGUAGCGAAAGCACCUGUCUAUAGUUUACUGGGGUCGUGGGCCACACCGAAGGAAGUGAGUAGCCACCAAUAAAUCUUUACAACUAAAUCUGUCGCAUGAUGUGCAUAUGCAUAAAUCGAGGUUCAGACGCAACUAUUUUUUUGGAUUAAACAAUUUGUCAUAUGGUA